ACACCAUGGCGUGUGCCAGUCCUGAAGAGUUGGCAGAGCAAAGCUCCUCGGAGGAUUAUUCUAGCGCCAGUGAUUCAGAGGAGGACACGGACAGUGCUGACUAUUCAGAGGAAGAAAUCUUUACUUCUCGCUCAGUCCAGUGUCAGGGGGUGCCCUGCAAUUACUACAACAAAGGCUAUUGUAAAUAUGGUAAGAAAUGCCACUACCUGCACUUCUGCAAGUACGCCCUGAGAGGAAACUGUCUCUAUGGCUCCAGCUGUAAGCUCAAACACCCCAGAGGUGCAACAGCUUGCUCUGAGGAAGACAACCUGGCCGAGGACACAGCCUUGUCUGCAGAGACAAAGCUCACAAACGGCCAGUUCUACCAGUGGCAGCUGAAUGACGGCAAAGGCUGGAAGAAAAUUGAUAAUGAUCAUAUUAUUGAGGCCCAGUACUGCCUGCCCAACACUAAAGGCAUCAAGAUCUACAACACGCCAUAUGGGGUGGUGAAUAUAGGUUUUAAGAAGAUGAGAGUGUAUGGAAAAAAAUUGCGAGUGAGACGGCUGGAUGAUGGGAAGACCGUGUGGCUCUGGUACUGCAGCUUCCGGCGUAAAUGGACCAAGUAUGGAGAAAAGGAUUCGAAGGGCAACCCCAGUCCUGCCGACAGCGCUGACAUAGAGAAGAAGUUCCAGAGUAACACCACCAGCUCUUUCACUUUCAACAUCGGCACUGAUACCUUUGAGAUUAGGUUCAGAGAAAUGCAUCAGGUGAGUGCAAAGAGGAAAAGGAAGGUCUGCCGUCGUCCACAGUACCGACAGCACCAAGCAGCUGCAGGCGCUCCCUUGUUGGCGUCACAUUUCCAGAGGCUGUCUCUGGGCGCCACAGCACCAGCACAGACGCCGCAGUGGCAGUUUGAAGGAAACAGGGGAACAUGGCACUCGUUCAAAAUCAGGCAGACAGGCUCUCAGAAUGAAUGCUCCCUUUCCAGUAGUGACAUUGAGAAGGAGUUCAAGCGAAACCCCAACGGCAGCAUGCUGUUCACCGUCAGCGGACAGACCUAUAAGCUGGACUUCAGAGCUUUGACCCAAACCAACCAAAGCACCAAGCGCUCCCGCAAGAUCAGACGACUGUUAUAGGCAGCGAGGAGGGCUGCAGAAGAUGUCGAGACAGUUUACAAUUGCAUUAUACUGUACCGUACUGCAGUAUAAUAUAAUAUCGGUGUAUUCUACUACAUGAUUAUUCUGGUUUUGGGUGUUUGGAGCACAUUUUAUUAUUGCCUUGCCCCUCCAUGAGUCAUGGGUUUGCUUGGAUCUGAAACAUUAGGUUUAAUACUAUGCUCCAAUUAGCCUAGGACCUGGGGCAUGAUUAUUUCAUCUUUUGGGUUGUAUGCCUUCUUUUUUUUUGGAAACAGUCUAACAAAGCCAAAUCUUGCCUGACAGAUUGACUCUUGCCUUUGAAAAAAAAAAAAAAAA